AUGAGUUUUGAAACACCAUCAAGUAAUGGAAAUACUAAACCCGAGCGUAAAUAUUACGAUCGUACUAAAUCAGACGAUCUACAAAUAUCGAGAACUGACAUGAACAUGUUAAUAAUGAAUUAUUUGGUCACAGAGGGAUUUAAAGAAGCAGCAUUGAAAUUUCAACAAGAAGCUGGUCUGCAAGAGCCAGCGCUGUGCAGCUCGCUUGACGAAAGGAUUAUGAUUCGAGAAGCUGUACAAAGCGGCCGCAUCCCAGAGGCUAUAUCUUUGGUUAAUGCUCUUCAUCCUGAAUUAUUGGACAAUGACAGAUACUUAUAUUUUCAUUUGCAACAAUUACAACUUUUGGAGUUGAUCCGAGCCGGCCGAGCUGAAGAAGCAUUAGCAUUUGCCAGCGCCACACUGGCUGAGGCCGGAGCCAAUGAUCGUAAUGCCCUCACAGAGUUGGAACGGUCACUCGCACUGCUUGCAUUCCCUGAUCCACACACAUCACCAUUUGCCGACCUACUGCUUCCAUCACAUAGUCAAAAGAUUGCAAGUGAGUUGAAUGCAGCCAUCCUCAAGAUGGAAAACCAGGAAUACACGAAUCCCAAACUGUGCAGUCUGCUGCGAAUGAUCCUUUGGUCACAAAGCGAGCUUGACAAGCACAAUGUCAAGUAUCCCAAAAUGACCGACCUCGCAAACGCUACUAUAGAACAGCCAAAAUGA